AUGGAUAGAUCCAAUCAGACCUCCCCCAUGGUACAAUUCAUCCUCCUGGGCCUCUCAGCCCACCCAAAGCUGGAGAAGACGUUCUUCGUGCUCAUCCUGCUCAUGUACCUGGUGAUCCUGCUGGGCAACGGGGUCCUCAUCCUGGUGACCAUCCUGGACUCCCGCCUCCACACACCCAUGUACUUCUUCCUGGGGAACCUCUCCUUCCUUGACAUCUGCUACACCACCUCUUCAGUGCCCCUUGUCCUGGAUGGCUUCCUGACCCCCAGGAAAACCAUCUCUUUCUCAGGCUGUGCCAUCCAGAUGUUUCUCUCCUUUGCCAUGGGAGCCACAGAGUGUGUGCUUCUGGGCAUGAUGGCGUUUGAUCGCUAUGUGGCCAUCUGCAACCCCUUGAGGUACCCCACUGUCAUGAGAAAGGCUGCCUAUGUGCCCAUGGCAGCCAGCUCCUGGUUGGCUGGUGGAGCUAACUCCUUGGUACAGAUCUCUCUUGCAGUACAAUUACCCUUCUGUGGGGACAAUGUCAUCAACCACUUUAGCUGUGAGAUCCUGGCUGUCCUGAAGCUGGCCUGUGCUGACAUCUCCAUCAAUGUCAUCAGCAUGGUGGUAUCCAAUGUGAUCUUCCUGGGGGUACCAGUUCUGUUCAUCUUUAUCUCCUAUGUGUUCAUCAUCGCUACCAUCCUGAGGAUCCCCUCGACUGAGGGGAGGAAAAAGGCCUUCUCCACUUGCUCUGCCCACCUCACAGUCGUGCUUGUCUUCUAUGGAACCAUCCUCUUCAUGUAUGGGAAGCCCAAAUCCAAGGACCCCCUUGGGGCUGACAAACAGGACCUUGCAGACAAGCUCACCUCCCUCUUCUAUGGGAUGGUGACCCCCAUGCUCAACCCCAUCAUCUACAGCCUGAGGAACAAGGACGUGAAGGCAGCUGUGAGGAACCUAGUACGUCAGAAACACCUAACUGAGUGA